AUUUCUUCAUACUUUUGAUAUAAUCUUUGAGCUUGACAAGUCCCGCUCAUUCUCAAGAAAUAACUGAUUUUUAAAUUUGUUAACAUUUUUUUUUAUUACACGUUGAUAUAUACACCCACCAUGGUUGGAUCUUGUACACGUGAAUCGUCGGAUUCUUUUUCCCUAAGAAAGUUACGUAAACCUCUGAUAGAGAAGAAACGACGAGAUCGUAUGAAUGUCAGUAUAGAUAGCCUGAAAGCCUUGUUGGCAAAAUCUUCUAACAACCCAGCAACCGUGGUAAAGAUGGACAAGGCCGAGAUUUUAGAACUGGCUGUCACUCGCCUUUCGCAGCUUCACCAACAACCCAAGACCACAAAUACUGAUCACGUGACAUCUUACCGCGCGGGGUACCGGGAAUGCAGGAAACAGACUGUCCUAUACCUAAGCUCAGCUGUCAUGAUGCCAAAUUCUCUUCUUUUAGAUAUUGACAACCAUCUACAUAACGUAUGUGAUACUUCCGGUCAAGAUGACGUCAUUGUGUCGUCUGCUACAAGAAAGACCAGUUUUAUUCCUGAACGCAGACGUACAAAUUCCCCAGCUUUAGACCUACCACCAGCACCAACCUACGGUUCAUUUUGUCCGGACAGUAUGUUUUCCCCUAUUGCUUCUGCUGAGAUCAGAGGUCAUCGAGUGCAUUCACCUAUGGAUAUUUCAUAUGUAAGCAGAUGUGAUUCUCCGUUCAGCAUGACCGCUUCCUCUGGUUCCAGUGCUUCAGGAAUUUCUGAGAACUCGUCAGACUCUGAAGUUUUUGCGCAUGCGCAACCAACUCAUCAUAAAAGUGAAAUUGCUGUUGGCCAAGAAACACCAUGGAGACCUUGGUAAUUUUGAAAUUAAUUUGCAGUGCAAUCAUUCGGAACAUUUCAUUUCAGUCUUCAGACUAUGUAUAUUGAUACAUCUUCAUGUAUAUAUUGUUGUGUGUUAUUUUUGACUUUUGUUUACGUUUUUACGAAAACUGCUGUAAUAUG